CGGCACUCGGUUCGUCUGCCGCACUCCGACAGGGAACAUUCACUAUCUACAAAUCCGAUAUUCGGCACGUCGACUCAUGCCUUGCUGCGUCAUCAACACGACGAGCCACGGAUAGCUCCGAUUCGACCGUACAGGGUUACGACGACGGACAUGAUUUCAUGAUGGGCUACUCGACAACAAUGUCCCCCGAGUCCUCGUCUUCUACAUAUCCGGAUAGACCUAUUCUGCCAUUGCCGAAGCGCCGACUUCGAGAACGGCUCUCGGCGGCUGUGGCAGAGUCUAUCAAAUAUCCGCCAGCACCACAAACGACAACGCCCUUGUUUGUGUAUCCUUAUAGUUCCAGGGACGACAACGGAACCCAUAGUCUUGGUGCAGCGAAGAAUUUUGUACCAUGGCGAGGUCUGGAAUCGAGGGCGUUUGUAGGAGGCGAAACGAGAGAUGACACGCCCAUCAGCCAGCAACGAAGGUCUUUACCUGUACGCCCGGCUCCGGAGAUGGCAAAUCUUGGGUUGCGCGGGCAGCAGAGGAGCUUGAGCUCUCGUCACAUCCCUCAAGCGCCGCCAUCAACAGCCUCAUCUGCCGAUGGUUAUGAUUCGUUCGAGAACUCGAACAACAAAAAGAAGCGCAAGAUUCCAACAGCGGGUGAGAGCAUACUGAAUGGCGCGCAUCCGCUGGGCGAUCCUGGGGCGCUUGGAGUGCCGUCACCUCCGACGACUAGCGACGAAGGCUCUUCUGAGAUCGCUGCCGCAGCAACGGCGGCGUACUACCAAGCCGGGACGGCCGCGGUCAACGGCGCAGGUAUCUCUGGGCCUGGUCGUGGUCGAUACGGUCGCGUGCGUAAUGGACGGAGUCCACUGCGAGUCCUUUCCGAUCCUAACAGUGUCUGGCCUGGUCGCGCACCGAAGCCGAAGACGGCAGGGCAGUUGCCGUCGUCGCCACCUGGCGAGAACGUAGGCAUCAUUUCGAGCGCGAUCGCCUCAGCUGAAAAGAAUCCCCGCCCGCAUGGUCAAGAAAACGUCAGCCUUCUGCAGAGCAAGCCAUACACGGUCGCCAGAAACACGCCAUCAGCACCAACCCAGUUCACCUUCACAUUCGACUCCAGCAGUUCAGUGUCGUGGCCUGGUGCUGACUUGGCUCUCGAUUUCCCUGGAUAUCACCACUCGAUUCCACGAGGGAUGGCUGGAGACAAUCGGGACGUAUACAACAAUCGCAACGCCCAGGCGCCACCAAUGGCUGGCGGCGCGUUCUCGGGAGGCCAUGGUGCAACAAAGCAGGGCAACAACGGACAUGGCAAGGGACCGCCCUCGCCCAACGCCCUCCCAAGGAAAACAAAGAAGCGGGGAAACUCGCUCCUGCUAGCUGCGCGUCGGAGGAAGCAGCAAACAGAAGAUCAGAACUAUCACCACCCGCCAGCCCCCGAGGAUAUUUGGAUGUGUGAAUUCUGCGAGUACGAAAGCAUCUUUGGCGAAGCGCCGACGGCUCUCAUCCGGCAGUACGAGAUCAAGGACCGCAAGCGGCGGAGGGAAGAGGCAGAGCGACGAAGGCUGCUGGAAAAGGCAAAGAUGAAGUCCCGCAAGGGAAAGAAGCCGAGCAAGAACCCCGCCAAAACCAACAGCAACCCAUCCGACCAAGCGGCAGCAAACACAUCGGCCGCACAACCAACGGCGAAGGCACCGCAGGAUGGCACACUGGACGGUGUCCACGAGGAGUACGAGAAUGGUUACUACGAGGACGAUGUGCAUGACGAUGACCUGCCACCUCUUGAGUCCUUCUCACAGAACCCAGCUCAACAUCGACAUGCUGCAAAUGUCUUGGGCGAUGGAGGAGGAGGACUAUCAGGAGCCAUGCCACAACCACUGCAAACAUCUGCCUAGACUAUGGGUGAGUCAUACCUAGGCAUCGAUGAAUGCUGCCAUCGUUGCAGAUUAUGAGUGAAGGAAGCUGGUGGAAUGUCAGUAUUCACUAUGAGCAGCAUGGUACAUGAUAUUACCGCUGCAUUCCUGGACAUUGUGUUUGUAGUUCCUGGAUAUCCUCACUGUUUUGGACCUUUCUGGAUUGCGUGUCAACUCAGUCGGCGUGGAAGGCAGACGGGCUGGUGCCUUCAGGCGAGGCUUGGCCGGGCAGGGAAGUAAGCCACAA